AAUCAGGCGGGUUAAGAAUGGCUCGCUUGAGAGGAUCUUCCCUCUUCCAUGCAUUCGCUGGAAUGCUGCUGGCAACAUUGUUAUUACCUGAGUUCUUGCUGGCUGGGCCUGUGAUCAAGCGUUUAAAAGGAGAUGAUGGAGUCAACGAAAAGGCAAGCGUUGAGGCUGGGUCAACAAGACUGAUCCGCAACCGAAGAAACAUCAGUUGGUACAAGCAGCACUCGGACUUCUGGAGCUGGUACAAAUACUUCACUGACAAUGGAAACCAGGAGGGAGUUGCAGAGCUCGAUCGUGUCUAUCUGGCAUACCUCCAGAAUAAAAACCGUGCUGAGUCACGUCGCUCCUACAAGAUGUACCUCCAGCACCUCGCCGACAUCUACAAAUCCUGUUCUGAGACUGAUGACCCAAACUGUUUGGCCGCCUACACAAGCAGACCCACAUCCAAAGUUGAGGCACCUGCCCCAGUCAAGGCUUGUGACCCUAGAGACCCUUACUGCUUGUACCCUAAGGGAUACACAUAUUACCCUUACCUGGCCCCAGCCCCGGCCCCUGUCAAAGCUGCCCCUGCACCUGCUCCAGUGAAAGGCCCAGCCUACCUCCACAGCGCUGUAGUGAAGGACCCACGUUCCGGUCAAUACUAUUACUCCCCGCUGAUGCAGUCCUUCCUGUCAGCUGAGCAGAAAGCAGAGCUGUUGCGCAUCUGUGAUGCGGAGGAUGUCGAGUGUCUGCAGUACCACCUCCGUGCCGCUUACGGUUACAAGCCCGCUGCUGUCCUGGCUCCAUCCUACGCCCACCUCGGCUGUGACCCUAAGACCGAUCCUUACUGUGCACCACAACCGGUCCAAAAGGCACCAUCUAGUUUGUACUCGCAGUAUCCUUACUGUGAUCCUCGUGUGGACCCGUACUGCACUUAUCCUGCUGCUCAAUCUUCUCCAUCGGCUUUGGAGAGACCCUGCAAUCCCCUCUACGAUGACAACUGCAACCCACUCACAGCUGCAAGGUUUGCCAGCUUGUCCGUCAAAGGACCAAGGGACGAACCUGCUUCCGAAGCCGGCGCCAUGCGUGUACCUCCCAGCACUCGUCACGACCCCUACGCCAUGUACCGUGACGCAUCUGCAGCGGCUGACAUGCGCAGACGCCUGCCCACCCAUCUCCAGCCACAGAGGCACCAACCAGAAGAGCCUCAAAGUCCUCUGGGGCCUCGCGGGAAGACCAAAGAGGGAUACGACUGCUAUAUCGGCUACGAUGAAGAGUGCUUCCCACUGGGUUCCCAAAAUGACCCACGCACCGGUGCGCAAAGACCGUCACACCUCCCCUCCGAAGCCUUCGAGCCCCAUCUGAAUAACGAUGGAAGCAGGAAUGGAGUGGUCGAGCCUGACCCCGACUGCGACCCAGAAUAUGACCGAAACUGCCGUUUGCGCCGCUACGAGCCUGAGGGGGCCGAGCAUGCCAGUCCUUCACCUCAGGAUGAAGAUCACAUGGCCCGGCCAACCCAAGACCACAGCGAUGAGCAGAGCAACCACGAGGAGGUUCCCCAGCAUCGGGAAGAGUCCUACCCUGAGACCCCAGGUUACGAUCAGCAGCAAUACGACCCUUACAUGAGCGGACAAGAGGAUCCGUAUGCUGGAUACGGCCCGCAGGAACCCGGUGCACCUAGUUUUCAGGAUCUCAUGAGAGGAUACGGUGCCCGAUAUCCUGGCCAGGAUGAUCACCGUGCCUACACAGGAGACUACAAAAAGAAAUAAGAAAAUGUAUGCCAAAUAAAUGUACAACAGGACUGAAUGUGGGCUGGAGAUGAUAUUAAAAAAAAGUGCACACACCAACUGCCAGAACAUAUAAAGAUAAUGCAUUGAUUGGUUCACAUGUAAUGUUUUCGAGAGCUGAUGUAGUUCAAGCUCUAGACUUUGACAGCACUUGUAUAGGGAAAUAAAAAUAGUUUGGCUCUUUAUCAUUGUUUCCAAUGGUCUAUGCAACCCAAGUGUUGCAGUUUCUCUGACAUCUGCUCUUACUUCUAAUUGAAGAGUACUUGAAAUAGCUCUUCAAAUCUCUGUGAAAAUAAAAUGAGCAGAAUAAAGAAGUGAAUAGUGUACCUGAACAUACUGUAGUUAUGACCACCUCCCCAAUUUUGGCUUUUAAAUGUAGAUUUACCCAGCAACCCCCUUUAAAUGAAUAUUUAAUGAAUUGGACCCUUGCUUAGUUGUAUUCUCUUUUUUAAAAAGUGUUGCUUUGUAAUUGUUUGCUUACGGUUUGUAAGAUUUUUGCUUUGAAUGUUUCCAAUAAAAGCUUUAAAGAUCUUGA